AUGGAGUCGACAUACCGGCCGGUGCUGGCAUGGCAGCGUCGACCUGCACGUUUUCCACUUCCGUAUGCUCGCCCGCCGGACCUGUCACCACCAUUUAUGAAACCAGAUAUAAAUAUGAUACGCAUGACUAUUGCUCCUCCAUUUCGUAUUCCAAGGAUACCACUUGAACUCGUGACUCCUCAUGCCGGUCCAGGAAUGCCACCUCCAUCGUUGCGUCCGGUUCGAUCUCCCAAUGUACCACUGUAUCAAGAUUUUUCUGCACCCCCGCGCCCUACGCCUAUAAACAUCAGCGUUCAAUCCUCAGCGCUUAAUUGUAACAUAGAAUGGAAAUCACCGACAAUAUCAAAAACGCUGAAAUAUGCAUACAAGCUAGAAGUUUGGGAAGGAGUUAAGUGCGACACAUAUGAUUUUCCGGCACAUAUUUUAUCAUACAAGUUAAGAACUACACCGGGCACAGUAUAUAAGCUUGAGUUAUCCGCGCGCGAUGCAAACAAUACCGUUGUUGCUCUUGGAACGACUUGCGUGAAAGCAGUUUUCUCAGCAGAAGAGAUGCAGGUGCUUUACAAGAAGUCAUUAGAUUUCGUAGGAACAGUUAUGCAUUCGUUCCGCUUUCUUUAUCGUUGCAAGCCAAAGAUUUAUUAUGACGAUAUACAGUUUCACCGUGGUGGAAUAAUGGAAAAGUAUAUGAAGGAUAAUAAUGGUCAGGCAGCGUCGUCAAUUAAUGGUGCUAUAAGUGGUCUGUUUUUUUCCGCUCGCCUCUUGCCCGACGGAAGUUUGCCAACCCAUUCGCCUUUUGGUAAUGUUCGAAUGUUAGUGCCGGCAAUGACGCUACUUGACCCAGCGCGCGUAAACAUGUACUUUUGCGAUUUCUACUGCAACUAUAUAACUCAUUAUGUUACAGUUGUAAUCUGCGAGAAGCAUUCAGAUGUGAGUUAUGUCGAUGUCGCUUAUUACUUUUGUGAGACACAUCAGACUGAUAUUUUUUGCAUGCAACGCUUGAUUAAGUUGGUUCCGGAUUCCAAUCCAUUUUUACGAAUUGUAUUCAGACCUCCGAUGUUUGAGCCUGAAUUUUGGGUAAAUAAAAACGUUUGGGUAGAAAUAUAUUAUACAGAAAAUGUACCGCUGAACUGGGGUCGAUUCGAUGCAAUUACCGCAACCGGUGCAGGUACAUCACGUGUAGGAGGCUUACCGCAUAAUAAGCAGUGUCAAAUGUGUAAUUUGUAUCCACAAAAAAAUAGUUCCACUGCCAAAAUUGCCUCAACGAAACUUAAUUCAACAUUUGAAUUGCUUCUGCAUUUGGAACGUAAAAGAUUUGGUAAUGAAAACAUAAGUGAAUCAGCUGAUUUGAUCGAGACAAUCUGUUCCGUCAUCGACUCUGUAGUUGAGCAAUGUUCGCAGGAUACAGAGAAUGAAAGCAAUAAGCAGGAAGGCGAUGAUGAAGAAAGAAGAAAGAGGAAACUAGAUUCACCUGAAGAAAUUAUGCAACGUCUUAAUGAGCAUGAUUUGUGUGAGGAGAUGCAUGAUGUUAAAAAAUGUCUAAAAGCAUUCAUUGAUAGUAUGGACAGGGGCAUAUCAAAAAUUGAACGUUUGUUGAAUGAUGCAAGACAAUUUUCGAUGCGCUCAACAUUUUUGUCACAAAACUGUCUUGUACGAUAG